AUGGUCCAGCUGCCCACGGACAAAACUAUCCCUCUCGAAGACCAGGCUCUCUUCAUCGAUGAGGAACUCUGGGUCCCCGUAACCGUGGUCAAUGGGAACGUGUACAUUCUUCCCGGCGUACCAUCUUUAUUCAAACGGUUGCUGGCAGGCCUCAAACCUAUACUGCUGCCUCGCCUGGUUGAUCCGGAGGGGAAAGGAAUGCACAGGAUACUCAUAUCUACCCCGCUGGUGGAGAGUUCGGUAGCAGCAUAUCUGACUGAUCUUGCGGCGCGGGUCGAACCAAAGGGCGUCAAGGUAGGCAGUUAUCCGCGCUGGGGCAAGCGAAGGAAUACCGUUACCCUGGUGGGUGCGGACAGAGAGUACCUGGAAAGCCUUGUGCCGGAGGUCGAGAAGAAUGUUGAGGGUAGGAGGGUACAGAGGGAGGACGAGGAUGAUCCCGAGGAUGUAGAGGAGGAGACGGUAUAG